AGGGCCCUAGCUUUGGCUCGAGCAGUUGCGGCCGAUCCGAUGGUGGCCGCAGGACUGAAGGCAGCACUGGCGUGCGCGCCCGGUCUGCAUGUUUUCUGAUUGUUUUUUUUGGUCGUCGGCGUAGUUGACCGCCGCGCCCAGCCGCAAGUUGGGCGAGGGCAUGGCGGGCUCGAAGGACGAGCCGCCCGCGCCCGGGGGCCAGAAGAAGGCCAGGCGCAGCAGCGGGUCGAAGGCGGUGCCGAGGGCGAUGCCGAACGCGCAAGCACAGGAGGGGGCUUCGAGCGGGCGCAAGCCGAGCAGCAAGACGGAGGAGGAGCACGGCCUGCUCCUGCAGGCAGUGCUGAACCAUGUCGACUCCUUCAACAUGUUCAUCGACCAUGGUCUGGAGAGGAUUGUAGACGAGGUGCCGCCCAUCGAGGUGGAGCCCCCAGAGGGUCCAAGCCUCGUUGUUCAGCUGACGGAGCUGCACCUCUGCCAUCCGGUCAACACCGGCGCCCCUGCCGCAUCGAAUUGGACGCCGUCGAUGUGCCGGCUCUCCCACACAACCUACGGUGGCCAGUUGAGGGCAAAUUUCUCGAUGCGAAUAGGAGGUGAGCCUGGGACCACGACCACGGAGGCAGACUUGGGGUCCAUUCCCGUCAUGGUCCGGUCCAAAAGGUGCCAUUUGCAUGGCCUGAACGAGAAGCAGCUCGUCGCGCACGGAGAGGACCACACUGAGAGGGGCGGAUAUUUUAUCCUCAACGGUCUCGAGAGGAUCAUCCGCCUUUUGAUCAUGCCUCGUGCGAACUACCCAAUGGCCGUAAAUCGCCCCUCCUACCAGAAGCGCGGCCCGUUGUACUCGGAGUUCGCCGUGCUGAUGCGCUGCAUGCGGCCGGACGGGUCCACGCAGACCAACUGCCUGCACUACUGCAGGGACGGAUCCUGCACCCUGCGCUUCUCCUACAGGAGGCAGGAGUGGCUCGUCCCGCUGGUGCAGGUGGCGCAGUGCUUGCAUGCCGUGUCCGACCUCGCGCUGCUCCAGAUGCUGGCCGGCCCCGCGCCGAGCCAGGCCAGGGGCGAGCGACAGGCCGGCAAGCGGGACAUGCGCGAGUGCGUGAUAUCCAUGCUGCAGUCCUACGCCGCCUCCCGGGCGAGCUCUGCGUGCAGCGCACAGGCAGAGCUUGGCAAGACGUUCCGGGUGAUCAUGGGCAAUGACAUCCCCUCGAGGCUCACGGACGAGGAGGUGGGCGCCGAGAUAGUGAAGCGGUUUCUCUUGGUACACACGUCGAGCUCUUCGCAGAAGCUCCAGACGCUGUGCGUCAUGUACCAAAAGCUCAUGGGCCUUGUCAACGGGGAGGUGCAACCAGAUAACCAGGACACCAUGAACAGCCACGACGUUCUGCUUCCUGGCCAGCUCUACGGUAUGGUGUUGAAGGAGAACAUGGAGGUGAUGAUGGAUAGGUUGCGCGGUCUUUUGUACAAGCUACUGCGCAAAGAUGAGGUGACCGGAAAGGCGAAACAUUCCGUCGAGGAUUUCAAGACGGACCCUGGAUUGUUGGACGCCCAGAUCAAAGCGUGCGCCGAUCUUGACCGGAAGAUGGGAAAUUUCUUGGCGACUGGCAAUAUCAAUUCACGGAAUGGUUUGGACCUCAUGCAGAAGUCUGGGUACACCGUGGUGGCCGACAAGCUGAACCACGCCCGGUACAGUUCGCAUUUCGCCGCCAUCCACCGUGGACAGUACUUCACAGAGAUGAAAACGACCACAGUCCGCAAGCUGCUGCCAGAGACGUGGGGCUUCCUGUGCCCAGUGCACACCCCCGAUGGCACGCCUUGCGGUCUGCUGAACCACAUCGCGCACAUGUGCAAGGCAGUCGUCAGCCCUGCCCCGCUGGAAGCCACGAGGGCCGUGGGCGCCGUGCUGGCUGGCCUCGGCAUGGAGACUCCCGAGCCGUCCAGCAAUCGGAGGCCCUCCGUGUACCCGCAGGGCCAGUUCUGCUGGGUCAUGCUCGACGGCUGCCCCCUGGGCAAGAUCGAGACCGCGAAGCUGAGCCUCGCCGAGGAGAGGCUUCGCACCCUGAAGGUCUCGGGAUCCGGCGGCAUCCCCAAGGACAUCGAGAUCGUGUGCAUCUCGCGCGACUGGGGCCACCUGUUCCCGGGGCUCUUCCUCUUCCUCGGCCCCUGCCGCCUGACGAGGCCCGUGCGCUCUCUCAAGCACGGCGGGGCCGUCGAGUGGAUCGGCCCCCUGGAGCAGCUGUUCCUGAGCAUCUCCGUGCUCCCGGAGGAGCGCGAUCAGGCAGAGCUCGCGCUGAGUGCCCCAAAGCAGCCGCGGGCGGCCGGCGAUGAGGAGCCCGUGCCUGAGCAGCUGCCCGUGAAGUACUCCCACGAGGAGCUGCAUCCCACCAGUGUGUUUUCCACCCUUGCCGGCUUCACGCCGUUCUCCAAUCACAACCAGAGUCCACGCAACAUGUACCAGUGCCAGAUGCUCAAACAGACCAUGGGGACGCCGUAUCACAACCACGAGCGAAGGGUCGACAAUAAGGUGUUCUACCUCCAGUCGCCGCAGCUUCCGAUUGUAUCGACGCAGAUGUACCGAAAUUGCCAAGCCGAUUCCCAUCCGAGUGGCACCAACGCAGUUGUCGCCGUUAUCACAUACACUGGAUACGAUAUCGAAGACGCCAUGAUCAUCAACAAGGCGUCGUACGAGCGUGGAUUUGGGCAUGGGUCGGUGUUCAAGAGCAAGGUGAUUGACGCUGCAGACGCCAAAAUGUCACCAGCACUCCAAAGGCUGUGCCGAUUCAGGAAUGUUAAGUGGGAUGAUCACGGCAACGUCGUCAAAAGAUUUUGCGAGGAGUUGGACGACGAUGGGCUUCCCCGGGUGGGAGUGCAGCUUUCCCGAGGAGAUCCGAUGUGUUGCAUCAUCAACCACGAGGGGCACGAGCACAUACAUAGGUAUAAAGACGACGAGAAGGCUUACGUGGAGCACGUCAGUAUUGUGAACGGCGAGGACAUCGAGGGGGCGCCAAAGUGUCCGAGGCUGAUUCUGCGGCUGCGGCUGCCGCGCAACCCAGUGGUGGGCGACAAGUUCUCCUCGCGCCACGGCCAGAAGGGGGUGAUGAGCUUCUUGUGGCCUCAGGAGGACGUGCCUUUCUCCGAGAGCGGCAUCACCCCCGACAUCUUGUUCAACCCACACGGCUUCCCGUCCCGCAUGACCAUCGGCAUGCUCAUCGAGAGCAUCGCCGCCAAGGCCGCGGCCUGCGACGGGAAGGCGAAGGCGGAUGGCACCACUUUCCGAGACUACCACAAGACCUACAGCGAAGCCGACAACAACGAGGGCGACCCGUUCAUGCAGGGACUCCCCCGGCCCGGCGGCAGGAAACGGCUCGCCUCCGACUACUUCGGCGGCACCCUCGCCAAGCACGGCUUCCAGCACCUGGGGACCGAGAAGAUGUACUCAGGCAUCCACGGCACCGAGAUGGAGUGUGAGAUCUUCAUGGGCCUCAUCUACUAUCAG